AUGCCUCUCAUCCUGAUAUCAGGCUAUCCGUCAGGUGGCAAGACAUACCGCAGCAAACAACUAAUAUCAUACUUCGAGAGUCGAAUCAACACAUCCUCAGACCCCAAAGUAAAGAGACUGAAGGUCCAUCACAUCGAUGACCAGUCCCUAGGCAUCGACCGCAAUGUAUACGCCGCAGCACGAACAGAAAAGGAUGCUCGAGCGACAUUCUCCUCGGCGAUCAAACGCCACGUAAACCGUGAUGCGAUCGUGAUUGCCGAUAGCAUGAACUACAUCAAAGGCUUCCGUUACCAACUCUACUGCGAGGCCAAAGCCGUACAGACACCAUCAUGUGUCAUUCAUGUCGGCGUCCCGAAGGAUAAGUGCCAGGAACUGAACGAUCAGGCUUUGCAAGCUGGAACGGGGGGGUAUGAGGCUGAGCUCUUCGAGAACCUGGUCUUUCGCUACGAGGAACCGAACGGGAUGACAAGAUGGGAUUCGCCGCUCUUCACUGUACCGUUCGAUGAUGCAGGCCCACCUUGCGAAGCCAUUUGGGAGGCGAUGGUAGGUUCUGAUGGCAAGGCCAAGAUAGUGCGGCCGAAUGCUGCGACUGUGCUUAAGCCUGCUUCGGAGCAGAACUAUCUUUACGAACUCGAUAAGACUACCUCGGAUGUCAUCGGAGCAGUCACGACGUGGUUGCAGGACCAUGCUGGGGAGGGUGGUGGGCAGGUGAUUGUGCCUAAUUCUCAGGAGGUGCUAAUACUACCGAUCACAUCGCCGUCUUUGCCACAAUUGCAGAGGCUUCGAAGACAGUUCAUUGGGCUGAACCGGCAGCAUUCUUUGAGUAAAGCUAGGAUACGAGAUCUGUUUGUAGACUACCUCAACGAUGCCUUUUCCAAGUGA